CAGCUUUGAUCAUUCAGUACAUGUAAAGAAGACUUGACUUAAACCUUUGUUCUAUAUAUAACAGCCUGUUCUCAUCAAGUACAUGAGGUUGAAGAUUGAACAGGAUUGCUGGGAUAAUUAGGUGUUAAUGGCUAUAAUGAAGAGUAUUUUAGUUGGGCUAUGGAUGAUCAGUUGUUUUGUGGCAGCUGAAAAAGGAGUUUAUGUGCCAGCCAUGUUUGUGUUUGGAGAUUCGUUAGGAGAUGCAGGGACUAAUAAUUACAUCCCUCACUGUAAAGCGCGUGCAAACUUCAUACCUUACGGUGUUUCUUUCUUUCCCUACCCAACUGGUCGCUUUACCAAUGGCCGCACCACUUUCGACUUUCUGGCUGCCUACAUGGGGCUUCCCUUUAGCCCUCCAUAUCUGGAGCCAAAAGCAAAUUUUAGCAGAGGGAUAAAUUUUGCAUCAGGAGGUAGUGGAUUGCUUGACUCAACAGCAGCUGAUGAGAAUAUUAUCACAAUGGGUCACCAAGUAGUGCAGUUCGAACACUUUUCUUAUAUCCUGAGGAAUACACACCCAUCUGGAGCUGCAGAAGCGAAAUCCCACCUUAGCAAAUCCAUAUAUUGCAUUUCAAUUGGAAUAAACGAUAUUAGCUUCUACAUAGUCAACCAGACUCACCAAAACAGUACUCCUCAACAGUUUGUUACACUGCUGCUCUCCAAAUUUGAUCAGUACAUUGCUAGACUUUAUCGCGCGGGGGCAAGGAAAUUCCUUCUAGUGGGUAUUCCGCCUAUAGGAUGUUGUCCUUCUUGGAGACUUAUAAAUAAAGGUGAAUGUCUGGAGACCGCAAACCAGCUAUUUGUGGCAUAUAACACUGCUAUGAAGUCACAUCUGGCGCACCUUAACCAAAAACUAUCUGGAUUAACCAUCAUACAAUUCCAAUCUUAUGAUUAUCUCCUGAAUAUAAUUCAAAACGGUGAAGCCUAUGGAUUCAAAGAUACAAAGUCAGCAUGUUGUGGAUCAGGAUUGUACAAUGCACAAGUACACUGUGGAAAGACGACUCCAAAGGAUUUGUUCUGCAAUGAUUCAAGUGCAUAUAUGUUCUGGGAUGGUGCACAUCCAACAGAAAAAGUUUAUGCCAUGUUUUCGCAGGAGAUAUGGAGUGGAAAUUCAUCUGUUAUGUACCCAUUGAAUCUCUCUACAUUAGUCCCGGGAAAAAAAGCUUCUAGUUACUAAUAAUGCCCAAUCUCUGUAUCCUUGUGUUAUAAACUCCGAUAGCAAAAUUAUCUACGUUGCAGAAAUCCUGGCCAUGUACAUCCUUUCAUAAUGGAUCAACAAUGGGGACUUCACUAUAUUUAGUAAAUAAAUCUAUUUUACUAUUUUCCUGUUAA